GUAGUUUUCCAUAGGUAGCAGGGCUCGGAAAAUCUGGGGCGCGUGGAUUUCUGAGACCGCAAUUCCCAACAAGGAGUGCGGUCGCCGGCGCUGGGCGGCAGAGGAGGCACGCAGUCAAGGUUAGUGGAAUCUCCAGCUGGGUGCAUCUAUCCAGAGUCAAGCCUGCCUGUGAAAAGCUCCUCGACUCUCCAGUACAGAAGUCUUUUGAGUACCAACCGCUAAGGACUAAAACUUUUGUUUAAAAAACAAAGCUAAGUAUACCUCUUUGCACCAUGCUCCCUAAAUCAAGCCUCCUUUUCAUUCUUUUAAGCAGCCUCUCCAUAACUGCUUCUGAACACGCCUUAAAAACCCACCAACUAAACCUGUCCAAUUGCUCGAUCUGCAUGCACCAAUAUUUGGCUACUGUAGCAUGGCCUGCUAACAGUACUUACUGGGGAACUGCAAAUCUUACCAUUUCCCCAACUCUACAACAUACAAAACCAUGGUCGCAUUAUACAUGGGAUCCUUUAGCUAACUUUCCAGGGGCACUUUCCUACCUUCUAGAGCAACUGAAAGUUCAUCAACCUGCAACACCUCCUGUUACAGGAGUAUACUCCAAAGUAAUAAUAGCCCCCAAUUCUACCUUCCCUUUUUGUGUCAAAUCCAAUUCCACAAAUGGUCCAUACCUGGGGGAAAUACCACCUAAUCUGUGCAAGUCCAUAAUAUACAUCUGUCCAAAUGGUCGCACGUGGGAACUUGAAGUAGCAAGCUCGGGCACCAAAACCCAAGCCCAAGGACACCCCCGGUCAGGAAGUCCUGCCUUCUGUCGCAGUCCCCACUAUUUUCUUACUGCCAGGUUAGACGAGGCGGCAGCUAUUUUUUUAAACCAGUCCUUAAUUAAUUGCCAGGACAAAACACAAUUUUGUCAAAAUAGACCCAAUCCAAAGUUUUUUCUGAAAACUACUACUCAACAGGAGGAAUGCUGCAAAGUAGAUCCCAGUAUAACUGGCCCCUUUGUUAAUAUGACCUGGCAAAAUAAGAAGCCACCCGGCAUUCUUUUUCAUGAUCACCCUGAAGCACCAUCACCCCCUCUUUCCCCCUUAAUUGCCAUUCGUAUGAGCCUCUCCAAAAUACGCCUCCUCGCCCCAGAGGCCGACCCUAACCAACGUACUUGUGGAGUAGGAAGAGGUAGAGGCUGCAUUACCUCAGUCUGUGGACAUCUUGCUACCCUGUUCUUUGAUGUCACCCUCAAAACAGAAGAGGGGCUGUUUUUUGUCUGUGGAAAUAAUACAUACCUAACCCUGCCCAGCAACUGGACAGGCUCUUGCACUUUAGCCUAUGUAAGCCCCAGCUCUACUACCUAGAUGGUUCUACCCAAGUACCUCUCCCUGCCUUUCACUCGUUUUCUCGUCAAAAAAGAGCAAGCAAUCCCCAUCUUAAUACCCCUUUUUGCUUCAGCAUUCAGAACUGGUUUGGGAAUUGGGGGUUUAGUCACUAGCCAUCAGUUUCAUCACAAUGUUUCUCUUGAAUGAUCUCACAGUUUGCUACCCAUGGCACAGGCCUUAGGUCUCCUUUGAACCCAAGUAGAGUCCCUAGUCCCAGUAGUUCUUCAGGAUAGAUGUGCCUGAGACCUGCUCACAGCAGCCCAAGGAGGAACCUGUCUCUCUUUAAAGGAAGAAUGCUGUUUUUAUGUAAAUCAAUCAAGACAAUUCCAACAAAAUAUCAAACACCUAAUAGACCAAUCAACACGUCUCUGUGAAAAUGCGGAAACAGAUUGGGAGCAGCUUUCUUCCCUCCCUGGUCUGUUAUCUUGAUUCUUUCCUUUCUGGGACCUCUAAUACCUUUGCUCACUCUCCUCUUAUUCAGACCAUGCAUCUUUAACCUUCUUGUCAAAUUUGUCUCCACCAGGUUACAAGCCAUUCACAGUAAACUCAUGCUGACUCAUGGGUUCUGCCAACGCUGACUAAGGGCCUCCCGUCUCUAGCCCAUCUAGAGUAGCUAGAGAGUUCUACACCCUGUCAGGCAGGGACUACGACCCCUGGUCAGCAGGAAGAAGCUCCAGAAGAUAGACCGCCGCCCCUCAAGUACCCCAUAAGAAUAAGGGUGUAUAACUCUCUCAGGGGGAAGUUGAGGCAGGUUAGACACAGAAAAAAGGCCUACAGCAGACCUUGAGGUGCCUUUGGGUUCAGCAGCAGGGUAGAAGCAUCUGGAGAUAACAGUUAAGUUCCUGAAACCCAGAGCUCAACCACAAGUGACAGACAACAACCUCUUGGAAACAAUUGGUUGCUUAAGAUAAAACAAGGAUGGGAAAAAAGGGGUGGGGGGGCAGGAAUGGAAAAUUCCAGUCCCCAAACUGUACAGCUUGCCCAUAAAAACCCAUGUGCCAAACAACCUGGGGUGCAUCUCUCCCGUGAGCAUGCCCGCACUCACCCCUUGAACAUGUAGUCUCUUUUCUUUAAUAAAUUUUAUCGUUCCCUCAUACCUGCUCAUCUCAACUUUGAAUUCCUUCUUGUGUGGAGACAUUGAGCCUGGAACAGGGCUCUGGUGACACAGGAGCUCCAGUAACAGGUGUGGCCCGAGAAUUUGCUAUUAUAACAUGCUCCCAGGUGAUGCUGAUACUACUGGUCCCAAACCAAGCCUGAGAACCACUGCCUGAAUGUCUCCAGGGGUCAGGCAUCUGGGGGGGCCAGGUGUGUGUCAGCUGAACAUCUUAUUUUCCUGAUAUGGUCAAACAUAGAGCUUUGAACAGGGUGGGUACCAGAUAUAAAUUAAGGAUGAUUUCAACAGAUAGGUUAAUUAGUAAAACCCUGGGUAUCAGAAUUGUAAUGUCUUCAUAUCAGGUCAUACACAUUCACACUCAGAUAAACAAACGUAGAGACUGGGAAUAGGUUCACUAGGCAGAUGUUCAGUUGUCCAACUUGGGUGGAUAUCUGGAAGCAAAGAGAUAGAUGAAAAUUUAGUGAUUCUUAACCUUUUUUGUGUGUGCUGUAGCAGUCUUGGGAAGCCUGUGGACCCCAGUUUAAGAAUAAUGUUUUUAAGUGCAUAAAAUAAAACACAUAGGAUUACAAGGGCAGCCAAUAAUAUUAAAAUUAGAAACAUUUCAUUUAAUACUAAAAGUAUGCUUCUUAAUGCAUUAAUUAACAAGAUCUAGCAGCAGGUCUAAUAACUGUUAUUUCAAAAAGGUGAUAAACAUAAAAGACAUUUUGAGAUGUUUGCAGCAUGAGAAAUGGAAUAUGAAAAUAUUUGUAACUUCUAUUGGUGCAAAGUGACAGGUCCUUCUAAUACUACUGUACUGUUGCCUACAUUCAUAGUGUAAGGAAAUGUUAAAUGUUUUCCCAUCCAAUUUUAGGAUCUUCCCCAAUUUUAUCCAUGGACUAAGGGAUCUGUAGACUUAUGCCGGUUUGAAUGUAUUGUGUCCCCCAACUGCCAUUAUCUUUGUGGUCCUAUGGGGCAGACAUUUUGGUGAUGGUUAGAUUUGCUUGGAAUGUGCCCCACUCAGCUGUGGGUGAUGAUUUUGAU